GCGGCAGCGGCGGCGGCUCCAAAGGCAGCAGCAGGAACCGCGUAUAAAAUAAGCAGCUGCUGCUUUUCAGUCGGAAGUGGAUAGAGUUUGUUGGGCACAUAGUGGGUCUCCCUGUGUGCAUGUUAUGAACAGGCCAACGGGGCCACGAGGGCAAAAAAAUAGCAACAAGAAAAACCUACAGCGAUUACAGAUCGAAUGGAAUCACAGCCACCUAAGAAAACCUAAAAGCUCUGCGCCACCUUUGCCUGACUGCAUGUCUGUUCCGUGGAGCAGCAGCAGCCGCCGUCGGACAAAGCGAACAGGGACAAGGCAAAAAAAAAUCUGUACCGCGCAGUGGAGCCAUUGUCGCUGUCGAUAAUAGUUGUAAGUCCCCAUUAUCACUGCAGGACUUGAUGGCAUUGCAGCGAAGCAAUUAAAAGAACCAAGUGCCGGUCUAUAUAUAUAUAGAUAUAUAUAGCUACAUAUAUAUAUAUAUAUAUGAGUAUAUAUAUAUAUAGCUAUAUAUAUCUAUGUAUAUAUACAUAAUUAAAACCUUUUGCUCUCUAAAAAUAUUCUACCACUAAAUAGAGUGAACUUCGUCUCGUGCGUGCACUACUCGUGUAUGUGACCAUGCGUUCCUUGUGCUUCUCACCAUCGUCUUAGCACGUUAAGAACGUGAUUGAAAGCUGCCUUUGCGGAACUUGGUUUGCGCAAAGCCAUUUAGUAUCGUGGACGUCUAAAGGAGAGACCUUGAAGGAAUACGAAACCAGGAAGAUUUGUUAACCCAGCCGCCAAAGUUCUCGUCUUCCGUUGACGAGCUGCACACGUCCCACUGACGUCGAACUGAGAUUAAAUUGAACGGCAAAACAACCAUACAGUAUCGCUAUUAUUAAGACAUGGACUGGCGACGCUUGCCUGUAGCUGAUCGUAUGCUACUUGCGGCGAUGGUUCCAAACAUCAGUGACAUCUGCGACACCUCUGGUCACAAUGUCAGCGAGGAUUUUUGCGAUUAUUAUUGUUGUUAUAUCUGUCAUUAUUCUAGUCUACCAACAAAAAUAACAACAGUUGCAGUGGAAAGCGAAAAACAAAACGGCAAAAACAAUACGGCAUGGAAUACAACCAGCAUUCUCAUAAUAAUAAAAAUUAUUAUUAAGAUUAGCUGGGACACCGAUAAGACAACGAGAGUCGAAUGUUCAAUGUUGCCUAAGCAAGACCUUCAUCUGCCUCUGACGGUCGCGUUCCACGCGCAUUAGUGAUGGCCAGUGAGCUCGAAGGCAGGAACGGAAGUGGGAGUGGAAACGUGUCGGCCAAUUGCCUGGUCCGAGUUCGCGCCCAGGUCAUGGUGCGCGAUGACUCCACCGGCGGCUGGGUGCCAAUGGGCGGAGGCGGGUUAUCACAGGUGUCUGUGCGAAAACGUCUCACGCUAAUACAUAAUGACGACCCACAUGGGACCCAGGGAAGCCAUGCCGGGCCAAGUGCACCAGGCGCUGGGGGUUCCAAUUGCGCCAGCUACACAACUGAUUACCAGAUCUACGGUAAACGGCUCACAGACCAGUUCGUCGUGCUCUCAUGUGCAAUCAGUAAAGACUUCACAUAUAACAAGGUGAUGCCGACCUUUCAUCACUGGAAAAGCGGCGAUAAUAAAUUCGGCCUCACGUUCCAGACGUCGUCAGACGCAAAAGCCUUCGAUAAGGCGAUUCACUCUGCCAUUGACGACCUGUUUGAUCGUAUGUAUUAUCAUUGUGGCAUGCGUAAACAAGCUACAUACUAGGAUAACAGAAUUUAGAUUAAACUUUGA